GAAGUUUAUUUGAUCAGUGAAAUAUCUGCGCUCGUUUUUCUAACUGCAUUGUUGAUCUACAAUAUCAAAAAUGAUGUUGUUUUCGUUGAUGAUAAACAUUUGAUGGCGUUGUUCAACGAAUAUGGUGUGGACAUUCCGGACAUUCCGGAUGGUAUUCGAACAUAUCAUCAAAUUGUCUAG